AUGAAUCAGACAUCAUCGUCAGUUCAUCUCGUUGCGGAACACUCCCCUGCGCUCGCUCAGUCGCCUGUGUCACACGAUGAUGCAUCCACGCAUUCAAUAACACGAUCGGUGGAGGAUACGGCACACCUCCAACUCCCGGCAACCAACGGCGGUGCCGCGCCCAUCACUAGCCUGUCAAGUCUCUCCCCCACGACGUCAAAUUCGGGCGCAGCUGCAGCUAAAGAGCCUGCAAAGAAGGGCAAAAUGACGCACCGUCUGACGCGAAUGUUUUCUCGGACCGACCCCAAAGACGUCGAGGCCGCCGCCAAAGUUGCAGCUGAAAUAAAGGAAACCUCUCCCGACGCUCGUCUAGAAAACGGCCACCCACCCAACGGCAGACCACCCCCUGGUAGACAGGGCUCAACUGACGAGAAGAGCGUCCGCAAGAUGACUAUACUCGGCGCUGCAAAAGAGAAGACCAAAGGCGAGCCGCCGUCAGAUCCCACCAGUGCUCUGCAUAAACGAUUCGAGAUGCAAGAUGACGGCUCUCAUGCACACUUUCUCAAGUCUGCCAAACGGCAGGAAAAAUUGUCCGACAUGCUCCGCGACAUGCUCGGUGGUGGCAAGAAGAAGGAUCAGGAUGGCGCGGGUGACCAACAACUGACACUGAUGUCGUCUUGGGUUGACCAACUCAGAUCGGAGAAGGAUAGCCUUGCCUCGGACAAGAAGGGGGGCCCCAAUGCCACGGCCAACUUGGUCGAAAAAUAUGGCAAAUGCCAGGAAAUCGUCGGCCGCGGCGCUUUCGGCAUCGUCAGAAUCUCUCACAAGCCAGACCCUAAUAGUGCUGGAGGAGAAUUGCUCUACGCCGUCAAGGAGUUCCGCCGCCGCCCGCAAGAGACGGCCAAAAAGUAUCAGAAACGCUUGACCAGCGAGUUCUGUAUCUCGUCGUCACUCCGCCAUCCUAACAUCAUCCACACCCUUGAUCUCCUGCAAGAUGCAAAAGGGGACUACUGCGAAGUCAUGGAAUAUUGUGCUGGCGGAGAUCUCUACACACUGAUUCUGGCCGCUGGCACUCUCCAAGUCCCCGAAGCAGACUGCUUCUUCAAGCAAUUGAUGCGUGGCGUCGAGUACAUGCACGAGAUGGGAGUGGCACAUCGCGAUCUAAAACCCGAGAAUCUUCUCUUGACCACCCACGGCGCCCUCAAAAUCACCGACUUUGGCAAUGGCGAAUGUUUCCGGAUGGCUUGGGAGAAAGAAGCCCAUAUGACGGCUGGGCUCUGUGGCAGCGCUCCGUACAUUGCCCCAGAAGAAUACGGCGGUGGCGAAUUUGAUCCCCGGGCUGUGGAUGUGUGGGCGUGCGGUGUUAUCUACAUGGCCAUGCGCACUGGGCGGCAUCUCUGGCGAGUGGCCCGCAAGGAAGAGGACGAAUUCUAUCAGAGAUAUCUUGAAGGACGGAAAGAUGAAGAGGGAUAUGCCCCAAUCGAGACCUUGCACAGGGCUCGUUGCAGAAACGUCAUCUACUCGAUCCUCGACCCGAAUCCUGGCCGCCGCAUUACCGCAUCGCAAGUCCUCAAAUCCGAAUGGGGCAGAGAGAUCAAGGUGUGCAAGGCAGGCGAAGAAGGCUUUUAA